CUGAGAGUCCCCUAGAUGCAAGGCAGCUCCGGGUGGCCUCUAGAGGGACUUCCUUCCCAGGGCUGUGCUUUCUGCCAGGCGGAUGUGGAGCUGAAUCACUAAGGACACAAUGGAAAGGGAGGGGCAAAAAGUGAAGGCUUUAUAUUUCCUCGUCAGGGACACAGCUCCAAUCUCACCUGCCAAAUUGUCCGCUUCACCCGGGAAAGCAGCAAAGGUAAAGAGAAGUAUUUCUGUGCUUCAGUGUUUCAGCUGCGCUUGUUGCCAGACCCGAACAGAUAAGAGCAGUAAAACAGGACGAUUGGACAGGUAGUGCUUGGCGUAAAAUGGAUCCUCUCAGCACAGCAAACGUUGACUUUUGCCUUGAUGUGUUCAAAGAGCUGAACAGGCACAACGUAGGAGAAAACAUCUUCUUUUCACCACUGAGUCUGCUUUAUGCUCUAAGUAUGGUUCUCCUUGGGGCCAGAGGAAACAGUGCAGGGCAGAUGGAGAAGGUGCUUCACUUUAAUCGUAUUGCAGAAUCCUUAAAACCAGAGUUCAAGGCCUCAGCUAAGUGCAGCCAAGCUGGAAGGAUUCAUUCAGCGUUUGGAGUCUUAUUCUCUCAAAUUAACCAGCCAGACUCUAACUAUACCCUCAGCAUGGCCAACAGACUCUACGGGACAAAGGCGAUGAUGUUCCAUCAGCAAUAUCUAAACUGUUCUGAGAAACUGUAUCAAACCACGCCGCAAACUGUUGAUUUUGAACGGUCUCCAGAAGAAACGAGGAAAACUAUUAAUGCUUGGGUUGAAAGUAAAACUAAUGGAAAAGUCACGAACCUCUUUGGAAAGGGCACAAUUGAUCCUUCUUGUGUAAUGGUCCUGGUGAACGCCAUAUAUUUCAAAGGACAAUGGCAAAAUAAGUUUCAGGAAAGAGAGACAAUUAAAACCCCUUUUCUGCUAAGUGAGGGUAAAAGCGUACUUGUGGAAAUGAUGUAUCAAACGGGAACAUAUAAAUUAGCCUUCAUAAAGGAGCCGCGGAUGCAAAUUCUGGAGCUGCCCUACGUGAACCACAAACUAAGCAUGAUUGUUCUGCUUCCCGCGGGCACGGCCAGCCUGGAACAGAUAGAGAAACAGCUGAACAUGAAGACGUUUUACGAGUGGACCAGCUCUGCUAACAUGAUAGAGAGGGAAGUUGAAGUCCAUAUCCCCAGGUUCAAACUUGAAAUAAAGUAUGAGCUAAAUGCUUUGCUAAACUCCCUUGGGAUGACAGAUAUCUUCAACGAAAUCAAAGCUGAUCUCUCUGGAAUAUCACCAGCCAAAGGCCUGCAUUUAUCAAAGGUCAUCCACAAGUCAUAUGUGGAUGUCAAUGAAGAGGGCACCGAGGCAGCAGCAGCUACUGGGGACAGCUUCGUUGUAAAAAGACUCCCCAUCCGAGCUCAGUUCAUGGCGAACCACCCUUUCCUGUUUUUCAUAAGGCACAUCCCUACCAACAUGAUCGUCUUCUGUGGCAAGCUCGCCUCUCCCUAAACAAGUGGGGCUGAGGGGGGCUCAGGGUCACAGAAGAGGUACAGGGACAAACCCACGACUAAAAGUAGCUCAUCCCUUACACACCUCUGUGCCUUACUUUACUCAUCAGCAAAAUGGGUCUAGGAUCUCUCUCAACUUAUACCUUGAAUUGGUGAACCCUAAAAUUAUGGAAAUCAUGGAAGAAGAUACAUUUACAAAAAAAGCUUCUCUGGUUCUCUUAUCUUUGGGGCCUCAUUUAAGUGCUAUCUGGGUGACAUGAUCAAGUCAAUGAGAACAGUUUUCAAGGGUUAGAUUUACUUGACUUGUAUAUAUCAUUGAUCUCUUGAAGAAGUGACCAAUCUACCUUCAGAAAACUAAAUUAAGGGCUUCAGCUUUGGUUGGAUUUUUAAAUAUAGUUUUCCUUGCAUGUGUAGACAUAACAUCAUGAAUUUUAGUUCAAAAUUCUGUAUUCAUUAUAAUAAAUAUAUAAAAUGCCUUCA